CUAGUCACGGAAAAUCAGUGGAAGUAUACAAUAUUCUCCAUGAAUUAUGAAUGGACUAUGGCCUAUGAGCAAAUUUAGUUACAGGCAUGAGCUGGCUAUCCCACAAAUUUUAAGUAACUGGAUUGCAGUACAUGAUACACUACACUGGACACUUGAGUCAAGAUUCAUAUAUUACUCAGCACUCCUUCCUAUAAAUACACACCCCUAAAGACUCUUAUCAGCAAACCAUCACUCUUUCAUCAGCUAUGAAGGCCUCAAACCCUUUAGUCCUCUUCAACAUUAUCUUCUGUACAUUUGCACUUAUCUGCAUCUCUACCACCCAAGGCCAAGUAUGUAACAAACCACAAAAAGGCUCAACCCUCCAGGUCUUCCAUGUCUUCAGCCCUUGCUCGCCGUUUCGGCCCCAAAAAUCCAUCUCAUGGGAAGAAAGUGUGCUUCAAAUGCAGUCAGAGGACAAAACCAGGCUCCUCUACUUGUCAAGCCUGGCCGUCGCGAAAAAACAAGUGGUGCCUAUAGCCUCAGGCAGAGGAUUGAUACAGAGUCCAACUUAUAUUGUGAGGGCUUUGGUUGGAACCCCUCCACAGACAUUCCUUAUGGCUGUUGAUACUAGUAGUGAUGCUGCUUGGGUGCCUUGUUCUGGCUGCAUUGGCUGCCCUUCUUCGACUUUCGCUUCCGAACAAUCCACAUCUUUCAAGACUCUUGGUUGUGAAGCUCCCCAAUGCAAACAGGUGCUAAACCCCACCACCUGCACAGCCACUGCAUGCAGCUUCAACACAACCUACGGAGGCUCCACCGUCGCAGCCAACCUCUCACAGGACUCCCUGAAACUCGCAACAGACAUAAUCCCAAGCUACACUUUCGGCUGCAUUCAGCAGACCACAGGCAACUCAGUGCCACCACAAGGCCUUCUUGGUCUAGGCCGUGGUCCUUUGUCACUUCUGUCACAAACUCAAAGCCUUUACCAAUCCACAUUCUCUUAUUGCUUGCCUGGCUACAAGUCACUCAACUUCUCAGGCUCACUCCGGUUAGGCCCAACCGGUCAGCCCAUUCGGAUCAAGUAUACUCCAUUACUCAAGAAUCCCAGAAGGUCAUCCCUUUACUAUGUCAAUUUACUUGGCAUCCGAGUUGGCCCGAAAAUCGUUGACAUCCCUGCUAGCGCAUUUGCAUUCGAUCCGGCUACUGGCGCAGGAACCAUCUUCGACUCCGGCACCACCUUCACCAGGCUAGUGCAAGCAGCUUACAUUCCAGUGCGAGAUGAAUUUCGCAGACGCAUGGGCAAGACCGCGAUAGUAUCCUCCCUAGGAGGAUUCGACACGUGUUAUACCGUUCCCGUCACAAUACCCACGAUGACAUUCAUGUUCAGUGGCAUGAAUGUGACACUCCCUCAGGACAACUUCCUGAUCCACAGCAGCUCUGGGAGCACGACCUGCCUGGCCAUGGCCGCGGCGCCUGAUAAUGUCAACUCCGUCCUCAAUGUCAUCGCGAACCUGCAACAGCAGAACCAUAGAGUGCUCUUCGAUGUUCCAAACUCCAGGCUUGGCGUGUCCCGGGAGACCUGCACUUAAUUUCAAAAAUUGUGCUCAAUUAUGAGCUGAAAAAUUUAUUUUGUGAUUUUCAUUUCCGUGGUAAUUUGGUUUUCACAUAGCUUUGAUCAAAUGUGUGAUAACGGUUAUUAAAAACAUUAUAACGAGUGCACAAGUCUCUCGUAUCUUAUCAGUUGAGUUCCGAGCGGAAUCCAGAAUAUCGGGCAGUCUUAUCUUUAAUUA